AUGGGAAACGCAGAAUUGAAGAGAGCGUAUAAGAAUGCGCUCAAAGACUCAUAGUCGAAAGACAAGCUGGGUCUUACCCCUGAAAUUUUGUUAGAGGACAAUCUCAUCGAAUCUGUUGAGACCUUUAUCAAAGAGAAAAUGGCUGUAGAUGCCAUUGAAAAAGAUAAGGCAUUCCCGGAGAACAAUAACUAGACGAAUGAGAAUGCGGAGGACCUUUACAAGAAGCAGUUGAUAUCUGAACUGAACGAAAACUACAUAUCUGGUUUUGCCACAGCUGAGAGCAACAUUGACGCUCUUAAAGAGCCAUCAUAUGAAUAAUUCUUUACUGUGAAUUCACCAGAGAGCAUCACUCAAUACACCAACCUCCAACAGUAGAAAUUCACUAUUCUCUAUGCACUGUAUGUAGAGAAAUAUAAGGAAUAAUAAGACAAGAAAUAAAACUUCUUCGAAUACAUCCAAAAGUUCCUUGAGAAAUCCGAUGUUAAUCAGAGAGUUCAAGUUGGUCUAGAAAGUGGGUUCAAGUUUUCACUUUCACUUUUGAAGGAGAUCAAGUCAAUCAACAAAGAUAUGCUUAUUAACUCACUCGAAUACCUUUACCAGACCCUAAGAUAUGCUGAGUAGGGUUCACUUUAUAGCACUGACAAACUAUCAUUCAUGAUUGACUCAAACUUAAACGAUGCUAGAUCCUUCCUUGUCUCUAUCAUUGAAGACUAAUCAAGUGCCAAAAGAGCUGUGGAGCUAGCCUUUAAAAUUUUACUACUUCUUGGUGUGGUUAGAUCAAACGUUGAGGAUCUUUUACUGGUAGCUACCCUGCUUGAAAAGCAUAACGCUUAAGUCGAUCUCAGACAAGAACUUGAACUUCUAAAAGAAGAGUCAACUGGAUCUCAAGAUGGAUCAGACUCUGUCCUUAAGAAGGAUUACAAAGAGAGAAAGGUCACAAGAACUGGAACUAUCUUUUAUCUAUAAUCUGGCUCAUUCAAACAAGAAAUCAAGCAAAGAGCUUCAUUUGCCAGCGAUGGCUAAUACAUCUAUAUGCAUCAAGAAGGACUUGGACUUCUCAAGAUGGGUACCGGAGCUCAAGGCCAAAUGAUUGCUCAAGUUUAUCUACACAAGAAUGAAUACAAGAGUGGAGAGCAAGUCUCAUUGCUUCAUCUCAACGGUAAACUCUACUGCAGAGCUGAUUCAAUCAAACCAAAGCCAUUUGUUGUUAUAAAUACCAAUACACUUGAGGAAGAGAAGGAUGAGUUCGAACUUGAGAAAGAGGACUAGAAUCUCGAAUGGAAAGAAAAUGAAGAGACUGGCAGAUCUUUGACUCAUACUCCUUUGAUCAGUGAUGGAAGAUAUAUCUAUGUGAUUGCUCAAAAGAAAGCACCAAAGAAGAAGAAGGAGGAUAGCAAAGAAGGUGAUGAAGACAAUGCAGAAUAGGACAAGGACGACAAUAAACCACCUAUGCUUGUAGUUGAAUGCUACGAUCCACAAACUCCAUCUCUCAAAUUUGUGAGAGAAGUUUUCCUAUACAAGAACGAAGAUUAUCAGCCAUUUAUAAAGAGCUCAAACUCAGUAGACUUCAUCAGAGACUCUUCAUAUACCACCAAUGGCCAAGUCAUUUUGAUACAAACUAACACUCAUACAUUUGUCUUUGAUCUUAAAACUGGCUUCAGAAUCUUCAAGGUCAAGUUUACCUCAGAGGAUGAUCAAAAUAAGAAGUUAAUCUAUGACUUCCAAAAUAAUGUGUUCUAUAGCUUCAAGCACACUCAAGAGAAAACUAAAAUCGAAGUACUUCAAAUUACUAACUUCAAAAAAGGUGGAGUUAGCUAUGGAUUUACCAAGGAUUUCCUUAGCAAUAGAUUAAACACAUUUAGAAACUCUGUCUUCGGUGAAGGAGAAGAAGUAGAUGGCAAGAUUGUACCACCAAAUAAGUUGAAUCUAAUUCAAAGAAUUAUGAAGAAUGUUACUACCCCAAUCCUAAUAUAGCACAGUAGAGAACAAUCAAACAAGCCAUUUAACGGAGAGGAACUCCCAAAACUUAUCAGAACCCUAAUCCUUAGAUACAUUGAGAAAUCAUGUCAAUCAUUCGACACUCAACUUGAUGAUAUCAAAUCUCAAGGAAAGAGUGCAAGUGAAAUCGAAGAGCACAUGAUGAGCUUCUUUAAGUUCCCCAAUGCUACUUAUCUUACUCAUACACUUUUCCAAUUAAUCUAAGAAAACUUAAACAUUUAAACUAACCUCAUCAACAGCAAGAAAACUUCUCAAAACUUGGUUGACUAAUAUGGACUCUACUUUAUUCUCAAGAUUUUGACUGCUAACUUCCAAGCUCUCAGCUUCUGUUCCAUAUCCCUUCCAGACAUUAUGGACGAGGAGACUUACUAGCUUUUCCUAUCAUCAUACAAAUCAAGCAUAGUUAGAAUUAUCGAGGAUGGCUAUAGCUAAGAUUUUGAAGAAGGUGAGAAUUUCAAUGAGAUGAAGAGUCUCUGGCAAGAAAUUUAUCAACUUUGCUUGAAUAUUCUUUCAACUUCAAUCAAUCUUAUCUAUGCAGAUAACAAGCAGAUUAUCUAAACUCUUCUAUAGAGUCAAAAGGACAUUUCAAAUCAAAAGCAAGCUGAGAAUAGCAGCAUCAGCUUAAACUACCUCUCAGUCCCAGAAAAUUCUAAGAAAAUUUUAAUGGGAGAUUCAGAAGAGCUCCAACUUGUUUCAUAAGUAUUUGACCUUUGCAGCAAUAUUAAGAGCUAGGACAUGGUUGAGGUUAUCAAAACCCUAAAGCUCUCAGCAGAUCAAAUUGUUGCUCAUGAAUCAAACACCCUUACCAAUGCAAGCAAUAAAUUCAUCAAGGGCUUAAGUGAGCAAUUAAUUGUUCAGUACUGUGCCUUAAGUGAAGUUAUUGCUGGAAAGUAACAAGUCUCGUCAGCUUAAACUUCGGAAAGAGAUGAGAGAGACAAGAAAAGACUUAAAGAUUAUGAGUAACUUAUUGCAUCAUUCUUUGAGAGAGCUUGCAAUGAGAUUAUAAAUCAAAUCAGAACUCUUAACGAUAACUUAUCUAAGACUCUAGAUGGCAAGGCUGAUGACUAAUGGGAAGGUAUCAAUGAGCACUUUGAAAAGUUUUCAAUAUACCUUGAGCAAUAAUUCCUUCAUAACUCUGGAUUCUUCCAAAUUGUUUCACUCUAUAUCUAAACAUUCUCUGUAUUCAAACUUAAGAUUGCUCUCUUGCCCUCAAUCACACUUUCCGUCAAUAAUGUGAUUACAGAAAUCAGCAACUUUAACUAAAUUUAAAAGAAAUAUAAGGAAAAGAUCACAUUAGAUAUUGAAAAGGAUAAAUUGAGAAAGUAUUUCGAUUCUUUCUCUAGAAAUCUCUGCUGGUUUAUCGGUAUGACUGCCUACAAACUAAUAAAAGUAAAAGAAGUAGAGAAAGAUUAAGAAAAGAAAGAGAAGGAGUCUCAAAACGAGAAAAUGCAAGACUUGAUUGUAUAAUCUAACCUUCUUUCAGGUGGUAUUGAGAACAGAUUCCUCACUCUAUUUUCUCAAGAUUCUCAAACUCAAUUAAAUGAGUUGAUUAAGAUCUCACACGAUCAAAAACUCUAGAGAUUACUGAAAGAGCCAGCUACUGUGCAAGAAGAUGACAACAUUGUUUAAUCAAUCAUUAACAAAGGCAAAAACGAGUCAGUUGAUAGAUUAAUCACUUAUCUCUAGCAAUUCCUUGAGAGAAAGAUCCCAAUGGUUGCCUAUGCAAGAUUAAGUGGAGAGGAUGGAAUGAGACUCUCUAGAGCUGCCUUUGCUGUUAUGAUUAAGUUCAGUGAAUUCUUCGAUGAAUUCAAUCAACUAGUUGAUGAGAUUGAAAUGCAAUGGACUGAUCUUGAAGGUGACAGUGAGAGAGAUAUUAAAUUGAAGGAGAUGAUCAAGGCUACUCCUCAUUACGAACAAAUUGCCAAGAGAUGGGAAAGUUCAUCCAAGAUGAGACAGUGGAUCAGUGAGAAGAAGAAGAAUCUUAUUGAAAAGAUUAAGAAAGAAGUAGAGACUGAGUUCCAAAAGAAGAAGGCUGAGGAAAAGAAAAAGAAGGAGGAAGAGGAAUAGAAGCAAAAAGAGAAAAAAGAAAAGGAAGAUAAGGAAAAAGAGGAACAAGCUAAGAAAGAUGCUGAGAAUAAACCAGCUGAAGAAGAAAAGAAGGAGGAAGCUCCAGCAGCCGUUGUCGAGGAAGAAAAGAAAAAUGAACCAGAAUCAGUACAAAUUGAUACCUCUACCAAAGCUACACAGUAAACUGAAGCUGCACCAGUAGAAGAUGAGAAGGACAAGGAAGAUGGUCAAGGGUUUACUGAGGCUGACAGAUAAGUCAUUGAAGAUCAAGCUGAUCAAAAAUUCAAUGUUGAACUAUAGAAGAUCUAUGAGAAGAUUAUUGAGAAGGCUGAAUUCUUGGUUAAACUCUAAGUACCAGGUGUUUACUUAGUCAAAGAUCCAUCGAAGAAAAAAGAGGGGGCUCUAUUACUUAUCAAGGAUCAAUCUGCUAUUGAAAAGGAGAUGGGAGAAUAGAUUCCCGUCCCAGAAUAUGACUGGAAAGAUAGACUCAAGUCAUGGAGACAAAUGCAGACUUCCAAGGGUGCAAUAAAAUCAUUCACAGAUAGAAAGAAGGAAAUCUUUGAUUCAUCCGUUAUGUCUAUUCUAGCUUGCCUUUAGACUCCAAUUAAUACCCAAAGAAUUAAGAAGCAAGUUGAGAGUGUAUUCCUUAAUGCAGCAAAGAGAGUAGCAGGACUCAAAUUAUUAGGCUAACUAAUUAAUCUAGAACUACCUCAAAAGCAUAGAUAUGAUUUAAUUUCAUGGUUUGCAUCAUCUUUAAGAGGAAACAAGAAUCAAAUGUCCCACUAUUUAGAUGACUUGAAAGGAUGUGGUCUUCACCUAGAGGAUCUAGCUAGAGAAAACUUCUUCACAAUCCUGAGAGGGUUAAUUAAGCAACUCAAGGAAUCCACUGAAGAGUCAGAGAUAAAGGUUAUUUUGAAUGCAUUCAGAUGGAAAUUCAUUGCCAGAGAUCAUGCAUCUCUCAGAAAUCUAGAUAUCUUCAGAACUCUUCAUGAAGGUAAUGGAAAGAAAGAUAGCAAGCUUAAGAAAGCAUGGGGUAGACCAUUAAAGCAAGAAGUAAUUGCUAAUGAAAAUGACAAGAAACUUACAAAGGAAGUUAUUGAUGUUUUUGAAUAAGUAUUCCUCAUGACUGUUGGUAGAAUCAUUAAGCCAGAUACGGGUGCCCAAUUGAAACUUAAACAAAAGGGAACUAGCAUUCCAACCUUGGAAAAAGCUUAAUCAGUCAUUGAUGAGAAUGUUUCUGAGCAUCUUAUAGGUUAAGCAUUUGAGGUCAUUUUCAAGGAGUUUGAGAGAUACAUUAAAAUUAUGAAAAUGUUCAAAGGUAUCGAUUGGAACAUCUAUGUUAAGAUGAGAAACAAGGAGAGAAAGAAUGGUGAUUCCAAGAAGGAGUAUGAUGAAGAAAACCUUCUUGAUGAAGAUGAUGAGCCUGCAAAGGAAGAGGAGAAGAAAGAGGGUGAUGCCCCAGCCUCAGAUGCUGCAGCUUAAGAGGAAGAAAAGAAAGAAGAGGUUAAAGCAGGUGAGGAGGAGAAAAAGGAAGGAGAAGAAGAGAAGAAAGAGGGUGAAGAAGAGAAAAAAGAAGGAGAAGACGAAGAGAACAAAGAAGAAGAAGAUCUCGAGGAAAAAGAAAAAUAAGAAGCUAUCAAGAAAUAAGAAGAAAGAGCUGAGAGAGAAAUGAAGUCAAUAUAUAAGCUCUAUAGUGAAUCUUUCUUGAAGAGACUUCUUAGAUUAGUCGAAAUUUUCACAUCAAUCGCAACAAUUAGUCCUUAUCCACUCUCAAUGGUACAAAGAGUAGCUAAUCCAUACUAACUAGAGACACUCUUGAAUUUACUCAUUUUAUCAUCACCAAGAAUCAAGAUAGUUGUCCUAAAAGUUAUCUAAAACUUGAUCAAAAUUGCUAUUCCUUUCGAAGUUUUUGAGGAGACUAUUAAAAUUAUCACUUAAGACCCUAAAUCUUAGGCCUACGAAAUUCUAAACAAGGUCAUCCCAAGUGUUAAAUUCGAAGACUCAUUGUUCCUUAAAUUCCUGUACAAUUAUUUGCUCAGCAUCCGACACAAAAUGUGGACUAAAUCCGGUAUUGAGUCUGAGGGACAAUAUGCUGUAACAUAGGAGAUAUCAGGAAUCUUUAGAUCUCUUAUUUGUUUAGAUUAAUAGACCCCUAGGCUGAAGAGCUAUACCUAAGCUAAAGUUACAUUUGUUUUAAAUAACCUUGAUAACUUGCACUUAGAAGAGAUUGAUCUUUGGCUAGGAUUCCUUCCAGGAUGUGGAUUUUAUGGAUUAAGAGCUGGAUAAUAGGUUGUUCAGUCUAAUGGCCAAGUAUUAACAUUGUUAGGAUUUUCUAAGAAUUAUCCAUCAAAUGGCCAAUUAGAUAAUUCUUCUAAAGAUUAACUAAAAGAUUUAAAGCUGACAAUGAAAUUUGUAGAGAGAAGCAAAUGCGUUUGCUUAUUCCAGUCAAACGAUGUAAAAUAAAUCUUAGUGCUUGAUCCCAAAGAUAUAAUGCCUAAAACUAUUAAUAAUGAGCUCAAAUUGCUAGAUGGCAAGGAAAUUUAAGAAGCUAUAUUCUUCUAAUUAAACAAGUAGAGAACUUAACAAUUCCAUCAACUACCAUAUUAAGAUAGGAUCAAAUUUGAAACUAUUCAAAAUCAGUUAAUGAAGUUUAUCAGAGGAUAGGUCUAGUUAAGAGGAGAUGAAUAUCUGCAAGUCUUGAAGGCAAACGGACUCUUGGAGAAAUUCCUAAUUUAGAUUAUUAGAGAAUCUGGAAAACCAGUAAAUUUUGAAAAAUAAAACCAGAUGCCUAUUCAAUACUUAGAUAUGAAAUGCUUCUAAUUAAGAUUGAAGGCUCUUGAAACAAACGAAUAUCUUGAUGUAAGAUCUGGCGUUACAGGUAUCUUAUAUGAUGGAACCUAUAUUGCUUUUAAGGGAUUAUUUAGGGAACCAGAAGACUCGAUAAGUUUCCCAAUUGCAGGAAGUAUAAAUGUAGAAUCAGCAAUCAAGGAUUCAGUAGUUAAUGUGGAAUUCGGGAAAAACAUUAUUGAUUCUACCAAUACUUUACAAGAAAUGGUGAUUAUUGAAGAUGAACUUUUGUAGAAUGAAACUGAAAAGGCCCUUGUACUUAUUCAAAAUUCAUAUAUUGCUGUUGUGUCAGAUAAUCAAGAUCUAUUCCACCUCUUUAAGAUGAUGAGAAGAGCUUCAAUCCAAGAGCCAAAGAGAUUUGAUGGACUUGCUGAGAGAGUUAUUGUAUAACUAGAGAAGCAAGAUUUUGAUUAGAUUAUGAAACCAGACACUGUAAAGUUCUCUAAAAGACCUAAGUUUGGAUCAUCCAAAACCACACUAGAUAUUUUAUGCAAUUUAUUGGAGACUUGGGGAAAUUGCUCUCAAGAGACUAUUGAGUAUCUCCAAGAAACUGGACUUACAGAUCCUUAAGAGAUUCAUGAUAAACUAUCUAAAAUGUUUGGUUCAGACUCUGUUGCUAAAUAUAUCAAUGAAAAUCCAAACAAAAUACAAUAAGAAGAAGGUGGUCCAAAUCAAGAUAGCUUAUCUAUGCAAAGCAACAUUAAUGAUUCAUUCGCUAUUGAUAGCAAUAAUGGCAGUUUUAAUUUCUAAAGUGAUAGCACGUAGAAAGCUCUUGAUGUAACUUUAAAUAAGCAGAAAUGGGAAAAGAUGAAGGAAAUGAUUCAACAGUACAUCAUUCCAAAAUCUGAUGUGGAAAGAAAGUAACAGAUUUUAGAUAACAACAAUUAUCUUCAGACUGUUAUUGAUGACACCAAGUACGUCUAAGGAGAAAAUCUUUUAAGAACUUACUAAUCUAGCAUCUUCACUUAAAAUAUUCUGAUGUAUAGAGAACUGUUCUUGGACAUUUUGAACCACAGUGAUUUUGAAAAUCUGCUUGGAGACCUUCUCAAAUAAAAGGAGAACUAAAAGGACUUUUCAAACUUCUUAAAGAUCUCCUUGAAUGAAUCACUUAAAAUUAAGAACUCUAAAAAUAAGGAAAUUAGAAAGCUUAUUCAGAAAGUAUUGGACAAACUCAUUAAGCUUGCGUAGGUUGAUUAAGUAUAUUAAGAGUAUCUAAAGGAACUAUACUUUGACGAUCUUCUUUAGCAAGGCAUCAAAAGCAUCUUUGCUAAUAAAGCUAACUCUGAAGAAAAUUUGAUUACAAACCUAACAUUAACUAAAGAAAAUCUAGCAGUCUAAUACCCUUCUCCUAAAUUAUUCUACUAUCUUACAAGAUUGCUAUCAAAAGAUUACAACUCAUUCUUAUUGAAUGGUCCUACUCCAGUUUCAGAUGUCAUUACCUUGCUAAGUUCAUUUGCUACUUUGAUUUCAAUAGCAACAACUAAAGAUACAAACAGCUUUUUCUCUCUUGUUUUGGAACUUACAUAUAUAAUAUCUAGAGAAGGAAGCAGCUCAAACAAUUAGAAAAAUAUCAGAAAUCUUGUUGGUAAUAAGCUAAUCUUAUAUAUGGCUGAAAACAUUUAAAAAGUUUCAAGCGAAAAGUAACUUUCAAAUUCCCAGAAGAUCAUUCUUGAAAUUUAUCUGAUUAUAAACUAACUUAAGAAAAAGUAUGAGAAGAUUUUAAGCUAAUCUGACAACAAAAUGAAUUAGAGCAAAUAUCUCUACUAAAUAAGUAAAACUGAUAAAAUUGUUUAAGAAGCAAGUCAGGGAUCAUUGGAAUUGCUCAAAUACUAAGAAUUCCUAAAGCAGUGCUCAGAGUAUGUUGAUCUUCUUACUUCUGAACUAUCGACAGCUUAGCCAAUGUUUGAAGCACCUAUUAAGAGUUAUUAUAAGUAGAAUGAUUGUGAUGGAUUACAUAUCACUGUAAGAGCUUCUACUAAAAUACCUUAGUCUAUUACAUCAGAUCCUGAAGGCAAAAAUAUCCUCAAAUAAUUUAAUUGGACUUAGCUGAUCGAGGAUCAAAAGUUAAGAAUCUUCAGAAAUGAUUUUUAUGUCCAUUAUCCAAUAAUACAGGGCUCAUUAGUUGGCUUUGGGGAUUAAGGCAAUUACAGACUAGGAAAUAAGAUAAAUAGCUCAACAACUAUACCUAUUGAAAUUGAUCUCCAGCAUUUAGGAACUAUCUAGAUUAAGCAAGUAGUUUCUAGAAAGAAAUUCUGCUUGAUCUUUGAUAUGGAUGAUAAUGUAUAUCUUGGAGGUCAUUUGAAAGGAGUCGAAUAGCAACCGUAAUUCAAAAAGCUCCCAUACCCUUCAGAUUUCCAAUUGGAUUCUUAUUCCGUUGGAAAGCAUAACGCUAUAUUUAAGUCAAAGAAGGGAAAAUUCUUCUUCAUUGGAAUGAGUAAGCAUGGACACUUCGAUGAAGCUGAUAAGAAGGAAGUUGGCAAAUUAACAGAGAUGACUCAUAAUAACAAUCUUAUUAUAGAAAAUAAGAUAAUUCAGUUCGUGUGUGGCUCACAUUUCAGUCUCUAUGUUAGCGAUGAAGGUAAACUUUAUGGUAGAGGUGAUCAAUUCUUGUCAAUACUCGGAUUAGAGAGCAAGAAGCAAGCAUAAUAGAUACUCUUGCAUGAGAGAUAUUCCGUCAAGAAAGUUCACUGCUCUCAAGGUAACUCUAAAAUUCUUGCUGUUGCAAUCAUCGAAGUUUAUGAUUAAGAAGAUAAGAUUAGGAAAUAUUUAUCUGCUGGUAAGAAUCAAUUUGGUCUUCUAGGUUAAGGGGCAGGUGUAACAACUUCUGAAACUUUCUAAGAAUUGUCUAUGCAUUUCAACAUCCUUUCAUUUACUCAAUUAGAACUCUACUCAAAGCAUGCUUUUGCCAUUUCAAAGGAUGGUUAGCUUUACGUAUGGGGAUCAAAUGAAAAUGGACUUCUUGGGUUAGAGCAAUACAACGAGAUCAUUUAUUCUCCAACACAGAACACAUACUUCAAAAACUAUAAUGUUCUCAACAUUUCUUGUGGCAAGGACCACUCUUUGGUAGUUGCUCAUGUUAAAAAGAAGGUAGAUCAGUAGUUAUUGUUCGCUAUUGGCAAUAUGGAAGAUAAAGCUAAGUAUCAACACUUAGGAAUUGAUGAGGCUGAAUCUAAGAAAAAUGGCCAUAUCUGGCAACUUAAGCAGUUCAAUAACUACAACAUUAAUAUGAUUGCAACUGGCUAGCAGUCAUCCUUUGUCAUGAUUUAACCCAAGAAAGAACAUUCUGAGAAGUUAAAGCACAAGAUUAAUGACUAAUAAUCAGAAGAAGGACUGCUUCACUUCUACUAUGACAGCAGAGAUAACUUAGUAAUGGUACCUCCAUCCCAAUAUCAAUACCUAAAGGAAACCUUACCAGAUAUUAGCUUUGCAAUUAAAUACCCUAUAAAAGAUCUAGCUAGCAAGCCACAGCCAAUUGAUGUGAGCCUACUUCAAGCCUUCCUAACUGGUUCCCGAGAUGUUCCCUUCCAUGAAGGAAUCAAAUGUUCUAACAACGGAGAAGAGAUAAUCGGAGCAAGGUAUUACUCUAAAUGCAGAUUUUCAGAAAGCGAAAUAAACAUGGCUUACAACUUCAGUGAGAGUGGAUUUUUCAGAGUUAAAGAGUGUGAUGUCAAUCCUUAGAUAUUCGUCAGAUUUGCUAGACCCAUCAAUUCUGACUUUGACAUUCCUCCUAUUGAUUUGAAUUAAUUCUAUGAGAGAACCGAUAGUUUUCAGAUAUGCUUGCAUGUAAGACCUGAUCUGAAGUCACAAGUGAACAAUUUACUCAUUCAAUAUAACUAAGGAGGCUAUGAGUAGCACACUAAAUUGCUUGAAUAGUUUGACAAGCCUACAAUUGAUCUCGUUAAAGAAUACAUAGGAUAGUAAGUGCUCACAGAUGACAGCUUAAAGCCAGUGUUUGAUAAAUUAGAAGAAAUCAGAGUAAAGUUUAAUGAAUAAGAUGAUAAAUCUGAUGAGGAACUUCAAAAACUAAUCAAUAUUCAAUUUAAGCCUUUGUUGAGUAUCAAUCAUAAGAGUUUUGAAAAGUUGCAAGCCAUUUUAGAGAAGUAAAGUAAGCACUACUAAAAGUUUAUGUCGACUUCUCUAAUAAUUAAGAAUGGAUUAACAUUAGUGCCAAAGAUAGGAAGACAGAGAUAUCUAGAUCUAAUUAAAAAUGACAUGAUGACUCAUGUAAAGAGAAAGAUUAUCAAUACUAUGAUUUCCAAGUUAAAGUCGACUGAAGAGGGAGCUGCCAAGAUUAUGAGAAGAAAAGCCUUCUAUUUCAUGAAUUCAGGUUAGGUCGAUCACGAAGGUAAAUUUACCAUUUUCGGUCAGAUAUUCCAACAGUCACUCAAAGAUAACCAUGAGUUCUUUAAGAAGAACAACGUAGACACUAAAGUGUUCAGUGUUACAUUUGCAGGAGAGGGUUCUCAAGAUGCUGGUGGGCCAUUCAGAGACUGUAUAACAAACAUGUGUCUUGAGCUGUAGUCUGCAAGUUUACCUCUGCUUAUUAAAACUCCUAAUCAUAAAAACAACCACGGCUAAUACAGAGAGUGCUGGAUACCCAAUCCUUCUUCCAAGAGUCCAAACCACUUUGAGAUGUUCAAGUUCCUAGGAGUAAUGCUAGGAUGGGCUUUAAGAACUACUUCUUCAUUACAAUUGGAUUUACCUCCUAUAUUCUGGAAGAAAAUUGCAGGAAUAGAAUUAAAUGAGUUUGAUUUGAAACUUAUAGAUACUUUUUCAUGGCAAGUCAUUGAGGACUUCAGAAAUCAUAAGAAGACUUUGACUCCAGAGGAUUUCGAAUUCGCUAUUGACUAAAAGUUCGUUACUCUCCUAUCAGAUGGCUCAGAAGUUGAAUUAUGCUUUAAGGGAAGUGAGAGAUAGGUUAAAUUUGAAGACAUUGAUGAAUUCAUAGAUCUGCUUGUAAAGGCUAGACUCACUGAAUUCGAUGAAUAGAUGAAAUACAUCAAGCAAGGAAUAGAAUUGAUCAUUCCAGAACACAUUAUAUUCUUUAUGACAUGGUAAGAGCUCGAUCUAAGAUCAACUGGAGCCAAGACAGUGGACACUGCUACUUUCAAGAAGAUCACAACAUUAGAUUGGUUCUGGGAAAUUUUCGAAGGAUUAACAGAGGCUGAGAAAUCUCUCUAUCUUAAAUUCGUAUGGGGCAGAUCUAGACUCCCAGUUAAUCUCGAUAAGUUGUCAAGAAAGCAUUGUCUUGAGUUCUACAAAAGAAGAGCACAAGAUUCUUUACCCAUAUCUCAUACAUGUUUCUUCAGAAUUGAUUUCCCCACAUACUCGAGCAUGGAGAUUAUGAAGUAAAGAUUGCUUUACGCUAUCUAAUUCUGUGGUGAUAUUGAUGCUGACAGAGGAUAGCAUGAUAUCGCUCCAGAAGAGUGA